UUUUUUUUUCCUCUUCUCCUCCUCUCUACUACUGUGUCCAUGGAUCCUUUUCAGCCAUUGCAGCUCAAGGGAGAAGUUAUGGAUCUCGAGUUUACUAUCGACACUGACCACCGAAAGAGAAGACGGAACCGGACGACUCAGAGUUGUCUCAACUGCCACACGUCAAAACGCAAGUGUGAUCGGAAAAGACCGUGUCAGAGAUGUAUACAGCUGGGCUUGACCGGACUGUGUGUGUACGAGAUUGAUGACCCCGCCUUGAGAGACGAUCCCUCUGUGGACGAAACAACACGACUCCGAAACAGAAUCGCUGAACUUGAGAGCCUCGUCCGAGAACUCCGAGGCAAACCCCACCCGCGCUGGGCCGACAGCUCCUUCCGGGAUGGUGACCCCAACGAAAAAUGGCACUCCCGAGCAACGAAAUGCGCCCCCCUCUCCGCCAAACGGCGCGCCCCAUCUCCAUCCAUCAAAACAGAAGCACCCCCAGACGGGGGGUCCGCCCCAACGUCCUCAACGACGCUCUACCGCUUCUCGCCCUCCCCUCCUGCCCCCGCCCCGCCCUCGAUGAGGUACCACCAGAAUCUGUCCGAGUACAGCAACGGCGCCGGGAGCGGGUCCUACCACUCUUCGCCCGGGUCGGGGUAUGGGAACGGGAACGGGAAUGGGAACGGGUACUCUGAUGGGGGAGACUACGCUCGUGGUGACCGGUACGACGGGGCAGCGGGGGAUCAUCCCUACUGCUCAUGCCGGACCAGCCCCGGGGCGAGCCACACAUACAUGAACCUCUCGCACCAACUCCAGAGCACGCUCACUGCCCUCCGGCAAUACAGCACCCAUCCCGCCAACACGCCCUGCCUGCUCUACCGGCGCAUCGCAGAGCUUCAUAACCUCAUGCAGUUUAGGACCAACGAACCAGAAGGCCCGACGUACGAUAGCAAUACCCCGACGGACAGCGAGAUCCUGACACCUCUAUCGGCGUCGAGCAGCACACACGGCGGACCGCCGUUCCACAACAGCUCCCCCCCAGGCGGGGUAUCACCGCACGAAUGGAACACCAUGUCGACGCCCAACUACAACCCCUACUUUCCCAUGCAGUCCAAUGAACACGGGGGAAUGUAUAACCAUAUCAUUACCUGAACGAAUGGACGUCUUUGAAUGUUUUUAGCUAGCUACAUCUUGGACUCGUUGUAACGUACAUUGGACUUGCGAGUAUAUCCCCCUCAAUGUUGUGUUUUUUUUUUUUU